GGACAGGGGACAAUCAUGGGCUGGGCGGCCGGGUCACAGUUGGGGCCCCCUUUAUAUAUGAGCCCCGAGCACCCCACCAACCAGACCAACCAACAGCAAGGGCAGGCGGGCGAGCCCCAGCCCUCCCCCCAGGCCAGCUGCAGCCUCAGCCCGGAGCCACCCCUCUCCCCAGCUCCUGGCACAAUGGUCCGCUGCUACACGAGGAGCCGCAGUGGGCGCCCGCUCCAGGUGCACAGCCUGAAGUCUGGCGAGGGCCAAGAGCAGGAGCAGAGGCUGAACCCAGAGCAGGAGGAGGCCUGCGGGAGGACACACAGAGGCCGCCAAUGCAGGGGCAGGUGCUGCUCUCAGAGGAGGCUGUACGGGAUCCAUGGACGGCGGAGGCGGCGCCAGUCCUGCGGAAGGCGCAGGAGAUGCACCUGUAGGAGGCCACGUCGCCGAGACCCUACAAAUGGCUUCAAAUCAACUUUUCCUCCCAAAAGGCUGCAGAAGACGGAGGACAAGUUAUAGGAGGUACCACUAAACCUUCCCAGGCCCUGCCGGGGUUAUGGAAAAGUCACCUGCCCAAGGAACAGCAGGAGAGGCUGUAACACCCCUCCCAUGUUGAUACCUUAACCCUGAGUUACCAAGGAGCCCACAAGAUCUGAGUAAUGAGCACAGUCACAUGCCAAAUAAAGCUUGACAAAGACCUCAA